GAAAUCUUGAAUUGAAUGUCAUUGCUAUAAAUUAAAUGACACUCAACCUCUGGAUACAUUGGAGUCAAUUAACAAUGGGGGAUGAGGUGGUGUUGUUGGAUUUUCAUCUUAGUAUGUUUGGGAUAAGAGUUAGGAUUGCACUAGCAGAGAAAGGGGUGAAGUAUGAGUACAAGGAAGAGGAUAUAGUGAACACCAAGAGUGCUUUGCUUCUACAAAUGAACCCAAUUCACAAGAAAAUCCCAGUCCUUAUCCAUAACGGAAAACCCAUUUGUGAAUCACUCAUUAUUGUUGAGUACAUUGAUGAGGUCUGGAAGGAUAAGAAUCCACUGUUGCCCACUGAUUCAUAUCAAAGAGCCCAAGCUAGAUUUUGGGCUGAUUUUGUUGAUAACGAGGUGCAUGAGGUUGCAAAGAAGAUAUGGACCGGGAAGGUGGGUGAACAUGAGAAAGAAAAGGAGAAAUUAAUAUUCAAUUUGAAGAAAUUGGAAGAGGUUCUUGGGGACAAGCCUUAUUUUGGGGGAGACACAUUUGGCUUUCUUGAUAUUGCUUUAAUUCCUUUUUUGAAGUGGUUUUCUACUUACGAGGCAGUAGGAAAUAUGAAGUUAGACUACCCAAAACUCAUUGAAUGGGGAAGGAGAUGUUUGGAGAGAGAAAGUGUGUCCAAAUUUCUUUCUGAUGAAAAGGAGGUUUAUGACUUUGUUCUGAUGUACAGGAAAAAAAUUGGGGUGGAUUAAGACACAAAAUGCAAGAACCUAGGAGUUUGUGUUCAGCCAAAUAAAUUAAGGAAUAUGUGGAAUUAAAAUUCCUUACUUAAAAAUAAAUAAAUUGUUGUAUUGGGAGUUGAGCUUGUCUGUUAUGAUUGGCUGGUUCAAAAAAAUCUCCACCAAAAUGAGGCUUGGCCGCUUGUAGCUUUCCCUCAAACAAUGUAAGGGCCACAUCUUGGCUGCAAAAUCAUAUAUAUAUAUAUUUGAUUUGUU